AUCCAUGAGCUGUUCUUCACUCAGACAUUAGUUUUGUGUCAUUUAAGUUUCUGUACUGUUGCAGAUCUGAUUUGGGUGCUAGCAAAAAUUUCUCUGAUAGUUUUGGAUCCACUUUUAUUUGUUUGGAAGUCAUGUUGUCAAGGAGAAUGCAGGCUGGGAUGCAACAAGGUGGAGCACCUCCAGGUCCUCCUGUAAUGGCUCCGAUGUCAAAAGUGGAGUUAUCUGUUUCAGCUAAAAAUCUCCGAGACCGUGAUGCCUUGAGCAAGAGUGACCCUUUGUGUAUUUUGUAUUUGAAAGAGACAGGACACGAUAGAUUCUUUGAGAUUGGACGGACUGAGAUGAUUAAAGACUCCCUUAAUCCACAGUGGAUAAGAAAAUUUGAGAUCGACUAUCGCUUUGAGGAGCGACAGCUCUUGCGUUUUAGCAUUUACGACUGGGACACAAAAAGUGCAAAACCUGAAGACCAAGAUUCACUUGGUAGUGUGGAGUGUUCUUUAGGAGAAAUUAUGGGACAUCAAGGAUCACAGCUAAGUAAACCCAUCUCAAGUGGUGGCACACUGUUUAUGCAAGGGGACGAGGUAUCAUCAUCCAAAGAAGUUGUCACCAUGAACUUUAAAGGAACUGACUUGGACAAGAAGGAUUUCUUAGGAAAGAGUGACCCAUUCCUUAUAUUUUAUCGCUGCAAUGAUGCAAGCAACUACCUGCCAGUACACAAGACUGAGGUCAUCAAGAAAACUCUUAACCCUUUGUGGAAACCCAUUAUAGUGCCUGCCAGAACAUUGUGCGCGGGCGACCACAAUCGCAGCAUUAAAAUUGAAUGCUAUGAUUGGGAUUCGGAUGGUGGACAUGACUUGAUAGGUGAAUGCUACACAAACCUGCAAAGGCUUCUGGAAGGCCCAGGAAAUAGUAAUUCUUAUGAGCUCAUUAAUCCUAAGAAGAAAGCCAAGAAAUCAUCAUAUAAAGACUCUGGGAAAUUAAUACUUAACUCCAUAACAUCACAUAUUGAACCUUCUUUCCUUGACUACAUACGUGGUGGAACACAGAUUCAUUUUACCGUUGCUGUUGAUUUUACAGCUUCUAAUGGAGAUCCCCGAACACCAGCCUCUCUCCAUUAUUUCCAACCUGGAGUUGACAACCAGUACUCCUUAGCUAUCAAGGCUGUUGGAGAAAUAAUCCAAGACUAUGAUUCAGAUAAAAUGUUUCCAGCCCUGGGUUUUGGUGGAAGAUUACCUCCUGAUUGGAAAGUGAGUCAUGAAUUCUUCCUGAAUGGUAGCCCUGAUAAUCCAUACUGUCAGGGUGUAGAGGGAAUUCUGCAGGCAUAUUACAGAUCAUUGCAAACUUGUGGGUUGUAUGGUCCAACAAACUUUGCUCCAGUCAUCAACCAUGUGGCCCAGUUUGCUCGUGGUCAUCAGGAUGGCAACAACUAUUUCAUCCUUUUAAUCAUUACAGAUGGAAUUAUUUGUGAUAUUCCUGAUACUAAGAAGGCUUUAGUGGAAGCAUCAAAUCUUCCCAUGUCAGUUAUUAUUGUUGGGGUUGGUGAUGAAGAUUUCUCAGCAAUGGAGCAAUUGGAUGGUGAUGAACAUAGGUUAAGCUUUGGAGGGAAAUACGCUGAGCGUGAUAUCGUCCAGUUUGUAGAACUCAGACGACACUUGGGUCAUAAACAUGGAAGUCACCAUUACAGUCAAGCACUACUUGCAAAAGAUGUUUUGGCAGAAAUCCCUGUGCAGCUUGUGUCUUGGAUGAGAAAUCACGGGUACCAACCUAAAGCUGCUGUCUUUCAGGGUCCUAUUAACACUUAUGGGCUUCAAUAGUUUUAAUGUGGCUGUUGCAUUGACAAAAGACAUGGGAUCAUUCCUCAGUGAAAACCAAGAUAUUGCCAGGGCCAGCCUAGCUCAAAAUGUUCUGCGUGAGAUCCCUGCUCAACUGACAUCAUAUAUGCGUACCAUUCACUCAGUGAAGUAAAGGUGUCAAUUUGAGGGACUUCAUAUGCCAUUUAUUAUGACUUGGUGUUUCUUUUGUGAUCAAAUCAGCUAUUUGGGUGACAAAUAAUAGCUAAACUUAAUUUUUUUUUCCAGGUUGCAUUUUUUUUUUUUUUUUUUGGUUGUAUUUCGUUGUUAGUUCAGUUAAAGUAAGGUUCAUGUACAACCUUAUUCCCUCAUUUUACCAACAGACAUUCAGAAGUAUUUCAGAUGAACUACUUUCUGCAUAAAUUUUUAUUGUUAAAUUAUAAAUUUCAGAAUCUCGCAGGUAUCAUUCUCUUUUAUGCAAGUGUUUUUUUAACAUAUAGUUUUAGUUUAAGCUACUGUCUCAUGAGUUUCAUACUGAUAAAAUUUUGUAGGUCUUUUACUAAAUCUCAGCAUUAUGACUUUUAAUCAAACUUUCUCUUUGACUAAAACUAAUACUUGGGCAAAAUGUGAGGUAAACCUUGAAGUGCACUCGUAUAGCAAGUCCAGUGUCUUAAGGUGUAGAAAAAUUAGUCAUCAGAAGGAUUUAAUGUACAAUUUGUGAAUUAUUCUUGUUGCCAUAAUGAGAAUUUAAUUCUUCCAGAACAGGAGAAUCACUACAGCUUAUAGGAAUUGCAUAAUUGAGCUUUAAAAAGUUUGGCCUCUCUAAUUUAGUCAACAACACUGCCUUUAGUGUAUGUCUUUCAAGUAGGUUGUUAGAAUAAGACCUCAGGUUUGUAGGUUAUGAAAAAUACAAAUUGAUUAAAAAUUUGUCAUUUUAUUUGAGACAGUUGUGUUUAAUAUUUUAGAAUGAUUUCGGAUGGACUUUGAACAGUUUAAGGUAAUAGUGAGGCCUGUAAAAAUAUACCUUGAAUGGUGCAAAACUUUUUUAUUUAUAUCAUGAAAAGUGCCACAAAGAGGAGGGCAUAAAACGUCCAGUGAAUAUAAUUGUUGCAUUUAUCUAGACAGUGUUAGAGCAAGUACUGCCAUGGUAAAACUUACUGGGUGCCUUUUUUCCUUGUAUCUUGCUUUUAAUGUUUCUGGAAUAUUUUACUCAGUAGUUUUUUAAUUUUAUAAUUUCUUUAAGAGAAUUUUUAAGAUAUGCUUUGCAUUUUUCAAUACAUUGUAGUAAUGUACAGCAUUAAUAAAAAAUCUGGCAUAUAUGUAGAGAAAUUAUAAUUGCCAGAAACUAGUAUUGAACCCGGAGAGUGAUAAAAAAUGUUUCUAAUGACAUGUUGAAAUUUCAUGUUCCAUAUAUAAAGGAACAAAUGAUAGUAUUUUAUAUAUAGAAUGUUCAGAUUACUUUUUUCAAAACAUGGCAAAGAAUAUUUUGGCUAGAAUUUUUUUUCUAUGUCCUUCUUCAAAGACUAGAGGUAUAUCUUGUUUUGGGAUGAAAAUCCUCACAAUAAAGUUGGCUUUAUCAUAUUUUGGGUAAGAAUUAGACAUUAUAUAUGAAAAAUAUUGGCUUCUUUUAGUGUAAUGCUACCAUUAUGCUCAGGAUUAACCAAAGCUAUUGCAUUUUAAUGUUUAUUUCAUCUUCUAUUCAGGUAAAAGCAGAAUGUUAAUUCAGAAACUUGGUUGUAAUUAUUUUUCUUAUUUCAGUAUCCUUUAUAGUAGUCUUGUAUAGUAUACAUUUUUUUCAUAUUGGUAAUACAAAUAAAGUACAGUACCAUGACUACACACUGAAUUAGGCAUGUUGCAGUGCACCAUGUUAAUAGAGAGCAGCUUUGCUCUCUGACUCCUUUUGCAUAUUUUUCCUUGUCUAAUUUUACAGUAUUAUGUUAACCAUAAAGUCUUAUGAUAAUUCUUAACCCAUAAUAUGAAGGCCAACCAGAUUUUUAAAAUCCAUGUAUGUAUUGUUAAUAUUUAAAUGCACUCGGUUCUCUGUAAAUCUAGUAUAAUUUACAUGUUCAAUGAGGAAUUCGAUCCUACACCCUCAGUUUUGUACCAGUACAUUGUUGUUUGUAGCGUAUGUACCAAACAUUAAUAUUAUUGAUGCUUGUUAAUAUACUGAGCAGAAGUAGUACAGGAAAUAUAUUGUGAGGUCCUUCUCUCAACUCAGUGUAAAUCGCUAAAUGUUUUGCACUUACCAAUUUGUUGUUGACUGUGCCACUCGUAACUUGUUUGAUUCAGGUAUCAAAGGCCAGAAAAACUUUUACAGCCAGUCCUUACAGUAUAACCUUUCAUUCAUGGUUUAUUAAUUUAAGUUUUGUGAUUCCCUCAUCUUUUAAAAUUGUGAGUAUACAUAUAUUGUUUUUAUGAUUUAUUUGUAUUAUGUUAAAACUUCCAGCCAUAUAUCAGUGGAAGCAGAAACCUUUAUAACUAAUUAAUUCAGGUAUCUUUAUUUGAUGUGUUAAUGGUCUGUAUUACAGAUAAGUUUGCUUGAUAAUGCAUUUUGUUGAUCGUGAGGUAACUUGAAUGGUUUAUAUUAUAUAUUUGUUUGAAAAUGUAUUUUGUAGAAUGUGAGGGGACUUCAGUUGUUCAUAUAGGUAUUUUGUUUGAAAAUGCAUUUUGCAGAAUGAGAGACUAAUUAUUUUUUUACAUGAAGAGAUGGAAGUGUGGGUUUUUUCCUAUACUGUAUAGGUACUGGAAAUCUUUUUGCACAAGUUCAAAGAUAUGCCUUGCUCACGUUGGUGUUUGUUUGUAAUUUCAAAAUACUGUGUAUAUUUAGUGGAUCCCCUUUCUAAGAGUGAGGACAAAAUACUUGUUUUGUAAGUAAUAGAUCAAUUGGUUAUUUAUUUAAUCUGCUUGUGUGUGCUGGCAUUGUAUAUGCAGUCCUUGACCUACAUAGGUUUAAAAUAUGUCUGUCAGAUAAUACUGUAAUCUAUACUAGCCUCAUGUUAAGGUCCCGAGAAAAAAUGGUUAUAUUACAUAAUAAUAUACAUGUACAGGCAAAUAUAGGAAAAUUAGAGAUGUAAGUGUGGAUUCCAAACUUGGAUGAAAAGCGUGUGGAAUAUUGCAGAUGAAAAUGAGAAAGUUGUAUUGCAGAAAUAUGAAAAGUAUGAAAGUGAGUAGUACAGGAACUCUCAAGUUAACUUCACAAAAUAAGGAAAUGUCAUAUGACAAACAUUCACUGUUAUUUUGCUUCCACAAUCUGUCACACCUCAAGUAAUAUCAUAUCCACAACCACUCUUCAGUCAUGCCUUGGAUAAAUAAAUGGCAAAUUUAUUUCAUGCAGUACCAUUCAUAUGUAGAUAAUUUCUAUAUGUAAAUAUAACCAUUAAUGCUGUCUUUCAGAGUGAGUUGACUAAUAUUUUUAUUUAUCCUGUAAUCCUUUAUAAUAUUUUACAAGACUCAACUUGUGUUAAUGUCAUCAUUAUAUAUAAAGGCUAUAUAGAGUAAAUUAUUCAGCAGUAAAUUUUAGUCCUUUUUUUUUUUUUUUUUUUUUAUUUAUUUAUUUUUUAUUUUAUUUAUUUAUUUAUAAUGUUAGUCAUAGUAAAAAUGUCAUGAAAACAUGGAGGGUGCUAUUGGAAAUCCAGAAGCCAUUAAUGAGUUUUCUUGAAAUAGUUGAGAACCUUUAUGUUAAAUACUGAUCCAUGUGCAAUCGACAAGAAAACUGAUUAUGCAGUUUUCUGAUAUCUUCGGACACCUAUUGCUUAGUAAUACCACACCUGGCAACUCUAAAAACGGGGCGGAGCUUCAAAGUCGUCGUUUUUAUUGCUCUCUAGAUCUUAACAGUAACUUUAAACCAUAAAGAUUCUGUAGAAGUCCUAUAACCAUUUAUAGCUGAAUGCAGUAACAACCGCUAUAUUUCAAGUUAAAGUUGGUUAUGGUAACGUCAGUUCAGAGGAGAAUAUGGAUCAUCCUUCUUUAAAACCUAUCGUGAAAACCUACCAUGAAAACCCUUCUCAUAAGGAUGUCAUGACACUAAAAUGACGUAAAAUUCGUGGAUAUUUGGAAAUGGGAUCUUAAAUAAUGGAAAAAAAUACUAAAGUUUGGGCUUGGGCAAGAACCAGUAGAUAUCAUGAGGAACAAUACAGGAUGAAUGCAAUAUUAUGGGAGAGAGAGCACUAUCUAGUAUAGAGAUACACAAGUCAUUAUACGUAUUUACUUUGUGACACCGAGUGAUAAUGUUUUCAUGGUAAACCUGAACAAGUCAAAUCUGGUUCCUAGUGGCACGCCAAUUCCUCUCGCAACCAGACCAACCGGCUCAUCAGUGGCAGGUGCAAGGGGGGCAGAGGAAAGCGGUGAGUCGGUGCACAGAUUUCUGGGAAACAGAGUGAUAUGGUUGCCAAGAUCGUGCUUCAUUAUACUAGAUAAAAUUUGAAGGGAUGGGUCUUGAUACCAAGUUAAUUCUCUAAGAAAAUCAUACCCUAAUCUUUAUUUCAUUUAACAGUUGCUGUAACAUUCAGACUAUAAAAAUAAAUGGAAAAUUUCAACCAUAUGCUACAGUCACUCGUGCUUUCUUCAUAUAGUCUCGACUUUUGAAAAUCUAUUUUCAUCCACAAAUUAUUCAAGAAAAACAAUGCGCAAGUAAAAAUAUUUAUUGCCACAAAUAACUAUAUCUACUGAAGAGACAAUGAAAGUUUUAUUUCGUGCAAAAAAAAUGCUGAUGUAUUAGGAUAUCUUUCAGUCUGGCUGCAAAGUAAUGCAGCUGUGUAGGCUAACUCCAAACUGCUUGUAAUGUGAGCAUAGCCAGAAAAUCUUCAAGUUGACAGGCUACUUUAACAUUGAUAAAGAUUUCCUUUUAAUAGCAGUAGCUUUGUAAACAGCUUCUACGUUCAUUCAAUUCACUUUGUAAACAGCUACUAAGUUCAUUCAAUCCACGUCAGUCAUUAAAGUGUGAAAACAGUUACGUAAGCCAGUAAUCAGCGACUUGUGCUUUCCUGCCAAAGUUCUCGGACACCUCCUCCCAUCAUAGAAAACGCUCUUGCGGAUUUACUAGAUUUGUUGAACCCACCUUAAGCCCUCUCCACAUGGUUGAGCUAUCCCCCAACAAACUUUGUUCGAUGUGAUGUCUGAAGUGGGAAAAGUCAGAACCUUUUCCGCUGUUUCUCUGCUUCUGAUGUCACAUUAAACAAAGUUCGUCAGGCAAGCUCAACCAUUACAACAUUGACUGCCACUGAUGCUAGCUAACUUUAAAUGCUUACGAAUACAAACAAAUUUAUAGAAAUUAAAAUAAUGUCUAUUGCCGCUUAUGGCGAUGAAAAAUAAUCCUGUUCAUUGAGAAAAACAAGUAAAUAGUGUCGUCAUGAUACAGAGUAACGCAACCAACUAUCACCCACUAUCUUCCAGAUAUCUUUGAAUGAAUUCAUCUGAGAAAAACCAUUUAGUUGAGGUAUCCGAACGUUUUUGUUUUGCAAUUUCAACUUAUAUAAUUUGCAUUGUAUUUUCAUAUUCUAGUGUAAAUUUAGCAAGAUUGUCUUUUCAGUAAAUAAAACAAAUGGAGAAUUCGAUGAACGAAAGCUAAUGAAAACUAUCCACGGUUUUCUUGCCGAUUGUACCUAAUUACUGAAAGUGAAAAUAAAAAAAAAAUUAUUUGAAUCAUAAUUGUCAAAACUUCAUGAAAAAUAUGUCUCAUAUUUAUAUUUCUCUUAACAUUCCCAAAUAGUUUCAUUCCAAAUCAGAGCAGAUCAUUGUGCAAGAUUAUCUCUAAAUUUGAAUUUUUUAAAAAUCUGUGUUAUGUAGAAGCUUGCAGCACAAAAUUUUUAAUAUAUUACCAAAAUAAUUUAAUUCUGAAUAAAUGCUAUUUGGUGACCUGUAAAGUUAUAUGUUUAGUUAAUUUUUACCUUGAUUGAUGUGGUUUGCACUGGCAACUGCCAAUAUAAACCAUCUGAGAGCAUAUUAAUAAAUUAAUGCUAGAUCCCCCCCCCCCAAAAAAAAAAAAUCAAUAGAGGCACUCCUAAUUUUGAGGCUAUUGCAUAUAUCAGAUAUACUAUAGUAAAAUAGACUAUCAGAUAUACUGUAGUAAAAUAGUAGUGCAAUAUAAUAGUUACUUAAAUUAAUAAAACUAAAUUUUUUUGUAACUUCUACAGUAAAAUAUGCAUUUUAUGCGUAUGUCCCACUGUUACUUGUACUUAUGUAAUGCAGAAAGAAAAGUAGUUUAGUUGAUAUCCAAGCUUUGUUUUCAUGAUUAAUACCUUCUGUGAUUAGGUAAAUUUUAUGGGUUUCCUUACUACCCUGCACUCUACUAGUUCCAAUGCAGUACUAUACUGUAGUUUAUUUUAGACAUUUAGGUACUUUGUAUGUAAAUGAAAAUUUACUUUUCUUAUUGAACUACAGUACAAACUUUUUAAAAAGUUAGUAUAUAGAAGUUCAUCUUCAGUAGUCUGGUGCUAUUAGAAAUGUUUCUCAGGAGAUUAUGUUGACAUGGUUUCAGAUGUUAACUAUGUGUGACAUAGAAAUCCCUAUAACCAGCCUUCUAAGGCCUUGUCCACACGGGCAAGCAUUGCUCGAUGAACUUGUUCGAUGUGACAUCAGGAGCGGAGAAACAGCGGGAAAAUCAGACUUCUUUUUUUUUUUUUUUUUUUUUUUUUUUUUUUUUUUUUUUUUUUUUUGCCUACAGUUUCUCCACAUCGAACAAAGUUAGUUGAGCAAAGCUCACCCACGUGAAUGGGGGUUUAGAAUAUUUGACUGUGGUCAUGGUAUAUAUUAUUCUACAUAAAUAGCUUAUUAACCAUCUCCUGUGAGAAACUGGGCCCUGAAGUCUGGCUGAGCUUAUAGAUUAGCUACUCCAUAUUCACGCCUAGGAAUAUGGGAAGUGUUCUUCCUUCCUUUGGUUGCUUUUCAGACUUUCAAAGUUCACUUUCUCUAAAUGCCUUGCCUUCAAUGUAUAAAGCUUGUGAGAUCUGAAGAAAUGUUAAGAGUACAGAAUACUUUUCAUAAUGACUGAGAGUAUGCAGUCCAAUAUAAUGAAGACUUAACUGGUGAAAUUAUGUAUAGAAAGAAACACUUAUUUUAAUCUUAUACUUUUCUCAUUUGAAAAAGGAAUAGAAAAUGUAUUUAAUUAAUCACUAAACAAAUUUACGGCAACAGAAACUGAAGUAUUCAAUUUUGCUUUAAUAUUUUUAGUCUUGUCUUUGGAAUGUUUUCCAUGCCGGUAAAAAAAUAUGGAUUUAAUUUUUUGUCCUUAAUAUAGUGUGGACAAUUUGUCAAAGUUUCAAGUUCAAGUAGGUCUGAAUGUGAUAUACUCAAAUGUGUUUUGUAGAAAAGAAAGAAAACCUGAUUAUUAUAUACUAGAUAUAACUGACAAGUUCAAAGGCUGGCUGCUGGAAUUAUUGUGUUGACUCAUCUUGGGACAAAGGAUGAGAUUAUUUGUUCUUGUAUGAAUAUUGUAGCAUUCCAUAAACAUUUCUGUAUAAAUAAAAGUAAAAAAUACA